GAGGCGCGAGGCCCGGCCGCGCGGAGCCAUGGCGAGAGGCCGCGCUGCGGCGCCCGCGACACGAUCCCCGGCCCGGUCCCUGUCCCCGGCCGCGCCCCCACCCGCCACCCCGGGGCCCACUCGGCCCCCGCCCCCGCGCGCCCCCGGCCCGUGACACGCGCGUGCAGAGCCCCGGAGCGUCCCGGAUCGCCGGGCACCCGCCUACGCUGAGCCUCGCAGUCCCGGGAACGUGAGCCACUGGCGGCCGGGGCCGGGCGGACAACGAAUCGGAGCAGCGACACCGGCCCCGGGACCGCGCCCGCCGUCCCCGCGCCUCCUGCGGAUUCUCUGUGAGCCGCACCUUCUGGUACACUGAAUCUCCCGGGGGGCCAUCCGCCCGACUGCCCCUGACUCCGGCAGUGGGGACUCCCCAUGGCAGUGGGCACCUCCCCUUGAAACCUGCCAAGCUGGACGCCACAGCCCUGCACGACGACACCUCGGCCAGCUCCACGCCCAUCUCUGAGGCUUGCAGCCAUGCGGUCCUCGCCUGCGGCCCGGGCAUCCCUGAAGAGUACUAUGUGAGCGAGGCUGUGGAAGAUGCUCCCAGCUACAGAGAGCACCGGGAUGCCUGCACCAUCACCGACGUGUGCAACAGCACCAACCUUCCAGAAGUUGAGAUCAUUAGCCUGCUGGAGGAACAGCUGCCCCAUUACAAGCUAAGAGCGGACACCAUCUAUGGUUACGACCACGAUGACUGGCUGCAUACGCCCCUCAUCUCCCCAGAUGCCAACAUCGACCUCACAACUGAGCAGAUCGAGGAGACGCUGAAAUACUUCCUUCUAUGUGCCGAAAGAGUUGGCCAGAUGACUAAGACAUACAAUGACAUUGAUGCUGUCACCAGGCUUCUUGAGGAGAAAGAGCGGGAUUUGGAGCUGGCUGCGAGGAUCGGCCAGUCAUUGUUGAAGAAGAACAAGACCCUAACUGAGAGGAAUGAACUGCUGGAAGAGCAGGUGGAGCACAUCCGGGAGGAGGUGUCUCAGCUCCGACAUGAGCUGUCCAUGAAAGACGAGCUGCUUCAAUUCUACACCAGUGCCGCUGAGGAGAGCGAGCCCGAGUCUGUCUGCUCAACCCCGCUGAAGAGGAAUGAGUCCUCCUCCUCCGUCCAGAAUUACUUCCACCUGGACUCUCUUCAGAAGAAGCUCAAGGACCUUGAAGAGGAGAACGUUGUACUUCGAUCUGAGGCCUGUCAGCUGAAGACAGAGACCAUCACCUAUGAGGAGAAGGAGCAGCAGCUGGUGAACGACUGCGUGAAGGAGCUGAGGGAUGCCAACGUCCAGAUUGCGAGCAUCUCUGAGGAGCUGGCUAAGAAGACGGAAGAUGCCGCCCGGCAGCAGGAGGAGAUCACGCACCUGCUGUCGCAAAUCGUGGACUUACAGAAGAAGGCAAAAUCUUGCGCAGUGGAAAAUGAAGAGCUUGUCCAGCACCUGGGCGCUGCCAAGGAUGCCCAGCGUCAACUCACAGCCGAGCUCCGAGAGCUGGAGGAUAAGUACGCGGAGUGCAUGGAGAUGCUUCACGAGGCUCAGGAGGAGUUGAAGAACCUGCGGAACAAGACGAUGCCCACGUCCCGGCGCUACCACUCUCUGGGCCUGUUCCCCAUGGACUCGUUGGCUGCAGAAAUCGAGGGAACUAUGCGCAAGGAGCUGCAGCUGGAAGAGCUGGAGUCUCCAGACAUCACCCACCAGAAGCGUGUCUUCGAGACGGUGAGGAACGUCAAUCAAGUGGUCAAGCAGAGAUCACUAACCCCUUCCCCCAUGAACAUCCCGGGCUCCAACCAGUCCUCAGCCAUGAACUCCCUCCUGUCCAGCUGCGUCAGCACCCCUCGCUCCAGCUUCUACGGCAGCGACGUCAGCAACGUGGUCCUCGAUAACAAAACCAACAGCAUCCUCCUGGAGACCGAGGCAGCCGACCUGGGGAACGAGGACCACAAUAAGAAGCCGGGCACACCAGGCACGCCAGGCUCCCAUGACCUGGAGACAGCACUUAGGCGGCUAUCCCUACGCCGGGAGAACUACCUGUCUGAGCGGAGGUUCUUCGAGGAGGAGCAGGAGAGGAAGCUGCGAGAGCUGGCUGAGAAGGGGGAGCUGCACAGUGGCUCGCUCACGCCCACCGAGAGCAUCAUGUCCCUGGGCACACACUCACGCUUCUCCGAGUUCACGGGCUUCUCUGGCAUGUCCUUCAGCAGCCGCUCCUACCUGCCCGAGAAGCUGCAGAUCGUGAAGCCACUCGAAGGUUCAGCCACGCUUCACCACUGGCAGCAAUUGGCCCAGCCUCAUCUUGGGGGCAUCCUGGACCCCCGUCCUGGUGUGGUCACCAAGGGCUUCCGGACUUUGGACGUUGACCUGGAUGAAGUGUACUGCCUUAACGACUUUGAGGAAGAUGAGACAGGUGACCACAUUUCUCUGGCGGGCCUAGCUACCUCCACGCCAAUUCAGCACCCGGAGACCUCAGCGCACCACCCUGGGAAGUGCAUGUCACAGACCAACUCAACUUUCACCUUUACCACCUGCCGCAUCCUGCACCCUUCAGACGAGCUCACUCGGGUCACGCCAAGCCUUAACUCUGCCCCAGCUCCGGCUUGUAGCAGCACCAGCCACUUGAAAUCCACGCCAGUGGCCACGCCAUGCACCCCCCGGAGACUGAGCCUGGCUGAGUCUUUCACAAAUGUCCGGGAGUCCACGACAACCAUGAGCACGUCCCUGGGGCUGGUAUGGUUGCUGAAGGAGCGAGGCAUCUCAGCGGCCGUGUACGACCCCCAGAGUUGGGACAGAGCCGGCAGGGGCUCCCUCCUCCACUCCUACACCCCUAGGAUGGCUGUGAUCCCGUCCACCCCACCAAACUCCCCUAUGCAAACACCCUCGGCCUCCCCGCCCUCCUUCGAGUUCAAGUGCACGAGCCCUCCCUACAACAACUUCCUGGCUUCCAAGCCUGCCAGCUCUAUCUUGAGGGAGGUGAGGGAAAAGAGGCCCGUGCGGAGCAGCGAGAGCCAGACAGAUGUGUCUGUCUCCAACCUCAACCUUGUAGACAAAGUCAGGAGGUUUGGGGUGGCCAGAGUGGUGAACUCAGGACGAGCCCAUAUCCCUACCUUGACUGAGGAACAGGGACCUCUCCUCUGUGGACCCACAGGGCCUGCACAGGCUCUUGUCCCUGGGGGCCUGGUCCCCGAGGGCCUGCCUCUGGGGUGCCCCAGUGGCAUCCGACGGAAUCGCAGCUUCCCCACCAUGGUCGGGUCCAGUGUGCAGAUGAGAGCCCCUGUGAUCCUCACCUCGGGCAUCUUGAUGGGUGCUAAGCUCCCCAAACAGACUAGCUUGCGGUGAGGCCGGGGAUCUCUGUCCUGUCUGCUCCCUGCCUCCUGCCCCCGACAGAGCACUCACACCCCUGUCUCCUCUGAGGUCCACUCCUCCUGAGUUAGACAGAUCAAUUGUGUGCCUCUUGGGGGAAGAGUGGAACUCCAUAUGGUGUGUAUACAGGACUUGGGGACCUUGCGUCUGCUCUCUCAUCCAAUCCACAGGAAGUAAUAACCCUACAAGGUCACAAUCUUGUGAGGAUGGCACCUGAGCUCAUUUGGGGGAAGGUGGCGUCCUUUCUUCCUUACUUUUAAGAAGCACUGAAAUUCCCAAGGCUGUUCUUAUCCCAUGGAUAGGAAUCUGGUGAAUUCUGCAUAAGACUGUCAGGGUGCACACAGAGCCGCCAUGUGGCACAGGUCUCCUCGCUCACCUAUGACAGCCGACAGACAGGGCUGCUCGCCAUCGGAGAGCUGUUCUUUCAGUUGUAGGUGGCCCAGCUUCAUCAAGGUCUGCACUAUCCUGCCCCGAUGGACUGUCUGUUCUCCAGACUUCUUUUCCCGUCUCUGACUUGAAGUUACCUUGUAUUUUGUCACAAGCUGUCAGGGUUAGAGCCUGACGCGAAAAGAAUGUAUUUACACUCUGAUGCGCCAUCAGGCGGCCCCUCUGUGUUCUGUGUGAUCGAUUUUUUUUUCUUCCCAUUUCUAAAAUUUUUAUUUGCAGGGAAGUCUCAGUACUGGCAGUUUCUCUUGGUUCUGACACCAAAGUGCAGACGGCACACACGCUAACUCUCUAAUGACAGAGCUUAUUUCUGGGACCCAACGUCACAGCCAGGGUGAUGUAUGACCAGUUCUCAUUGUAACAAUAGGAUCAUGGGGAAGGGGACAGGGCUGUUAAACCUAUACAUGGUGGAGGGGAAGGGCCGAAGUCACAACACACCUCAGGGCAUCCUGAGCCAAGGUGUGUCAAGUGUGAUGGCUGCUGGCCCCUUUCCACUCUGAAGGGAGCUCAGGCCACAUCGUAGAGCUCCGUGGCCCUCAGUGGCUGCAGUUUUUAGUCCCCUCAUUUCAAAACUAGAAUUAAGUUUCCUCCUCAUCCCCCAAGUCCAUUGUCCCCUCAUCCCAUUUCUGCCCAUAGGAAAAGAUCAGAGGUGCUUAUGAAUGGAAGAAGUGUGAGCAAGUGAGCGUGGCCUGGGCCUGCUGCUGUCACCUGUGCAGUUAUGAAUUUUUAUUUAUUAUCCAUGUGUGCUGUAUUUUAAUCACAUGCUGUCUCCGCUUCCAGCUCAAGCCUCUGUGUGUGUGUGUGUGUGUGUGUGUGUGUGUGUGUGUGUGUGUGUGUGAGAGAGUGAGAGAGAGAGAGAUCCCAGCCCAGGUAUAUUAUUUAUUUACUUUUGUCUGAGGAUGGCUGUAUGUCUGUGUGUCACAUGGUCACCUGCCCCAGACAUCAGUGGAAGGAUAGCAUCCUGUGUACAAGAAAUUGUCACAUGAACAACUCCCCCACCCUCAGCAAAAGAUGUUUCCUUGAAUGGAGGAGGGUCACCUUAUGCCCACCAAGGAUGCUUUGAGAAGGUCUCCAAGCAGCCAGUGUCAGUCCCACGAUUUCAAACUAUUUAUUCUCCAAACAGAGUGCUGGUUCAUCGCGUUCUCUGCUCUCCUGGCUGCCGCAGAUACGCGCAGUCACUUACACUUUAUUUGAAUGUAUUUUAAAGCGGUAGGUAGAAGAGGAAAGGAGGGUGACAACUUUGGCUUGGAUGGACCACGUCACGUGUUCAGAGCGGCCUCCCUCCCGUCCACACUGGAAGCACCAGUGUAAGAACCGACGACACUUUAGGGGUGGUGAUAGGAUCGUUAGCAAACCGGUGAUCAACAUUAAGCAACACUACCAAAAACAUCGUGUUGUGAUGCAUCAGGAUCAGCCACAAGAUUUCAUUCACUAACGAAUAUCAAUAAAAACAAGCUCAAAGAUGGAAA